ACGAGUUCAAAAUUCAUGAGGUUACACAACGCUAUGCUGAUGAGACCGAGGGCGCAGUGCAUCAAGUAACGCAAAAUGCAACUCUUGAGAAGAUCCAAAGACUUGAACGUGAGAAGGAGGAGCUUGAAUUGGAACUCUUAGAUAUUAGAGUGCAUGAAGAGAGACAGAAACGCAAGGCAGAAAAAUCUCUGAUCUCUCCAAAUUCCAACAUAAUAGCACUCAAGGCAAGAGAAAGAAAGAAGAACACAGAUGCGGACUUUGUCUAUGAAGAAGUAAAUAAGAAGACGAAGAUUGGAAAAGAACUUUUCAUAGAUGUAGAUAACUUCGUCGAGUCUCAAGAGGACGAAAGAAAAAAAAAGAAACUGAGAAAGCUGAAGGCAAAUGCUGAGGUACCAAAGCUUUUAAGUCGUGAAAGUUGGAUGGCGAUUGAAACACUUUGGAAUACAGCAGACAUUAGUACUGUAGUAUGGUCUUCGAAAGAUGAACUAAUGCAUGUCACUGCUCAUGACAUACAGACGCUGUUGUUUGAAUCAGCAUUAUCAACCCGGUCUGUUGAUGCUUACAUGAAUAUCCUUAUGCAACAACACGUAGACCAGCAACCGACGUUCAUAUUGGAAACGCAACCAGCCAAGUCAUUUGUGUUUCCCAGCUUUUUUGUGUCAAUCCUUAAUGACAAACAACCAAUCAAAGUGAAGAAGAUUCUUGAUACGACGAUGCCAAAGGCCGUAUAUGCAACUUUCCUGCUUUUCCCCAUAAUUCAUCAAUUCCAUUGGACAUUGCUGGUGCUUCAUAAAAAUGAGGGAAAGUGGAUAUUCUACAAUUCUUUGUUUAAAGGGCAUCGAAAAGAUUUUUACUAUGAGUCAACAAAUAAUUUGAGAAAACUUAUUGCAGACUAUAUCAACAGUCAUUCCAAAUCAAGUGCUGGUAAAGGUAUUGGUGACACAGUCCAUAUUGAGCAGUUUUCUCCUCAACAACUGGAUGGAUUUGUUGAGUGUGGGGUCGUCAUUAUAUUCUUGAUGAAGCAAUAUCUGAGGAACCAAGAACGGAGCAAAGUAAUAAGUAUUGAGGAAUGUAGGAAAGUAAGAGCCGAGAUGAUAACUGCUUUUUUGAGUGACCAAAGCAAGUCGAGCACUUCAAAGGUUCCACAACCAGUACAAAAUCUCAAGCAAAUUGCAGAAUCUUCAAAGGCUCUGAAACCACAGUUCAAGCAUUCUCAACUUAGGGUGAAACAAGGCCCUAAAAUCAAAUAGCAAUGUCGAUUGUCUCUUAUACUCGUUUUUGAAAGGAUUUUCUCUCUGAAAAGAAGGUAUAUA